GAUAGAAAGCGGCGCGGCAGCAGCGAGCGGCGCGAUGCGAGCGACCACGGCGUCAAUCUGAAGAAAUCACCUCAAAUUAAUAGAAAUGAGCGGCGACGACGCCGAGGCGGCUACCAAUCACAUCCAGGGAAUCAAGCAAGAGGACUUGGACGAAGCGGGGGAAGACGAUACUAAGAUGGAGGAAAAACUCAUAAUUGCGGUCGCUGGGUUCCCAGAGUUAUAUGAUGUCACUUUAUUCAUAUAUAGAGACAUUAGAAAGAAGUUUGAAGCAUGGAAGAAGGUGUCCGAAAUUAUUGGCAUACCUGUUGCUGACUGUAGGAAGAGGUGGAAAAGUUUCAGGGACACCUACAGAAGGGAAAGGAAGAAACAAAAGGAGAGGCGUGAGAGUGGAUCAGAGGCUUCGUUCCACCGGCCCUGGCGAUACAGCCACAUGAUGGGCUUCCUCGACCCUUUUCUGGAGGAAAAAGGCACCUGCAAGAACAUGCCUACCAGUGCCAGCCAGGGGCAGGGAGAUGAUGCUGCAGGAGAGGAAGCUGCCUCCACCAGCCAGGACACAGAGUUCCUCCUCCUGGACCCUGAACCCCCCUCGCCCUCACCGUCCACCUGCAGGGACCGGGCCAGGACCCGGAAGAGGCCACAUGAGGGCACCCUCUCUGCCUUCGAGAGGCAGCUCAUGGCUGCUGUGGAGAGGGUAGUGAGCCAGUCAGCACCUCCCGACCCGGACAGGCUCUUCUUCGAAGGCCUUCUGCCUGAUCUCAAGGCCCUGUCAGCUCGGAGGAAAGCUCAAAUAAAAUUUGAAAUCCACCGGCUGAUUUUUGAGGCAACCUGCCAACAGGCAGAUGAACAGCAGGGGUGAUUUAAGGAUGCUUUUUCUUUUUUUUUUUUUUUUAAUUGUUGUUGGAUGAGAAAAUAGUUUUUUUGAACUCCCACUUUUUUUCAUGAUCAUUAUUAUUAAUGGUAUGUUUAAGUUUAUG